GAUUAUAUAACCUCGAAAAACGAUAAUACGUCUAUCCGAUCGUCUUCAGUGAUCUGCUGAUAGUCCCUUUCAAAAAGAAUUGUGAAGAUACAAAAAUAGUGUAAAAUGAAUAGAUACUCAAAACAGUUGUUAGGACUAAUUAAAUCCAAAAAGCCAGCUUUAACUCGAUCACAUUUCACAUACUAUCCAGAUAAAAAUGUAACACCAGCUGGAUCACAAGGCGUUCAAAAAAUGAACAUGUUUCAAGCAAUUAACAAUGCUAUGGAUAUUGCUUUGGAACAGGACAAAAGCGCUUUGUUGUUUGGCGAGGAUGUCGGAUUUGGCGGUGUAUUUCGUUGUUCUAUAAAUCUACGCGAUAAAUAUGGAAAAGAUCGAGUUUUUAAUACACCCCUUUGUGAACAGGGUAUCGCUGGUUUUGCAAUUGGAGUUGCCAACGUAGGAGCUACUGCGAUAGCAGAAAUUCAGUUUGCAGAUUAUAUAUUUCCCGCUUUCGAUCAGAUCGUAAACGAGGCUGCUAAAUAUAGGUAUCGAAGUGGUGGUCUUUUCGAUUGCGGAUCUUUGACCUUCCGCGUACCUUGUGGUGCUGUUGGACAUGGUGCAUUAUACCACAGUCAAAGUCCUGAAGCGUAUUUUGCCCAUACUCCUGGCUUAAAAGUGGUUGUGCCUCGUGGGCCAAUCAAAGCCAAGGGUUUGCUCUUAGCUUGUAUUAAGGAUCCUAAUCCAUGCAUUGUUUUUGAACCAAAAACUUUAUAUCGUGCAGCUGUUGAAGAAGUGCCUGUAGAUAACUAUACAUCAGAAAUUGGAAAGGCCGAUGUUCUUCGAAAGGGCAAAGAUGUGACUCUAAUUGGUUGGGGAACGCAAGUACACGUACUUCUUGAGGUUGCUGAAAUGGCUAAGAAGGAAUUAAAGAUUGACUGUGAAGUAAUUGAUUUAGUAUCAAUUCUUCCAUGGGAUCGCGAUACUGUUACUAAGUCUGUUAAAAAAACCGGACGAGUAAUUGUCUCCCAUGAGGCUCCUUUAACACAAGGCUUUGGAUCGGAAAUUGCUGCUUAUAUUCAAGAGAAAUGUUUCCUCCAUUUAGAAGCACCAGUAAAGCGAGUAACCGGUUGGGAUACACCAUUCCCUCAUGUUUUCGAACCAUUCUAUUUACCAAAUAAGUUCCGUUGUUUAACUGCUAUAAAGGAGUUAAUAAAUUAUUAGAUGAUUUUAUUUAUAAAACUCACAUUUAGCCGACAACAAAAGGAACAUACAACAAUUAUUUUGUGCAAUUUUAUAUCUAAUGUAACGGAUGCAUUUAUUUAGAUUUUAAAUUAAUUAAUAAACAAUUACGAGUAAUUUUAAUUUUCAUAAUAAGUAAUAAACGUUUUUAAACGAUAUUUUAACAAGCA